ACAAACACCUGGCCAGCCCGGCGGCGAUCAAAACGGCAGCGUGCAGGCCUCUUGCUGGUCCGCCGCCUGCUCUGCCCCGCUCAGUCCAGUCCAGCCCAGCCCAGCGCACUGCAUCGCCUACGCCGCCAGAGCAUCCCUCCCCCAUCCACUAUGGCUCGCCACUUUGACGACGAAACCUCCAGCCAGUUCUCCAUGGGAGAGUCUGAGCGCCGCAUGCUUUGCGAAUCCGAGUUUGAUGCUGCCGACGAGCGCUGGGAUGACUGGGAAGAGGACGAAGAGGCCGCCUCCUGCCCCUUCUGCAACUUCAAGGCCCAGCCGUCGUUUGUCUUUCAGCACUCCAAGGAGUUCCACAGCUUUGAUUUCGUGGCCAUCCGACGAGCCCUGUCGCUCGAUUUUUACGGCGGCAUCCGCCUCAUCAACUAUGUGCGAUCGCAGACCCUGGCCGGCACGCCCGUCUCCCAGGUCGAGAUUGUCCAGCAGGGACGCAAGGCCGAGUGGCUCAAAGGCGACGAAUAUCUGAAGCCUGUCAUCGACGACGACGGCCUGCUCUAUGCCUUCGAGGACGAGGAAGAGGACGACGAUUUGACCAAGAUCAUCAAAAAGUCGUCAUCGAAUGUACCGGGCGCGGCCGAGGGCCAGUCUGUCACUUCCGUCGAGCAGGAUCUGCGUGCUCGUCUGGCCGCCGCCGAACAGCGAGCCGCUCUGGCCGAGGCCCGACUGUCCGAGCUGACGACUGCCUUUGGGCAGUAUAAGGAGCUUGUCAAGAAGACCUUCUUGGAUGAGCGCCACAUCAAACCCUCGCAGCUGACUUCGGCCCCGAUCAAGCCCAAGGAGGACGACGAGGACGCGGAGUGGCAGAUGGACUACUACUUUGGCUCGUACGCUGAAACCGAGAUCCACCAGCAGAUGCUGAAGGAUCGAGUUCGGACCGAGAGCUAUCGCGAUUUCAUGUAUCACAACAAGAACAUCUUCAAGGACAAGGUUGUCCUGGACGUCGGAUGUGGGACGGGCAUCCUUUCGAUGUUUGCUGCUCGAUCGGGUGCCAAGCAGGUCAUCUCGGUCGACAACUCGACCAUCAUCAAGAAGGCUCGGAAAAUCGUUGCGGAAAACGAGUUGGACCAUAUCAUCACGUUCGUUCAGGGCAAGGUCGAGGACGUCAAGCUGCCUGUCGAGUCGGUCGAUAUUAUCAUCUCCGAGUGGAUGGGCUACUUUUUGCUCUUUGAAGGCAUGCUCGACUCUGUCCUGUCCGCCCGCGACAAGUGGCUGGCGCCCGAUGGCUUCCUUGCCCCGAGCCGGACCGAUAUCUUGAUUGCCGCCAUGGACGACUCGGACUACAUCAACGACAACUUCCACUUCUGGAACGACGUUUACGGAUUCAAGAUGACGCUGAUGAAGAAGGGCUAUGCCGACGAUGCCCAGGUCGACUUUGCCAGUGCCGAUGCCUUGAUCAGUGAGCCCGUCACGGUCAAGCGCAUCGACAUUGGCGACGCCACGGUCUCGUCGCUGGACUUUACGGCCGACAUCCAGUUGGUCAUGACCCGGCCGGGCCGCCUCAACAUGCUCUGCGGCUGGUUCGACACCUGGUUCGAGGCCGAGGAUGGAGAAACGGGCGAGAAGGCCGAGAGUGUCUUUUUCUCGACUGGCCCUCGGACCACGGGCACUCACUGGAAGCAGACCAUGUUCAUCCUCGAGAAUCCGAUCGAUGUCGAAUCGGGUACCGUGGUGGAGGGACAGUUCGUCACCAAGAAAUCGAUCGAGAAUCACCGUGAGCUUGUCGUGACGAUUGACCUUGUGGUCAAGUCGAGCACCGGGCAGCCAGUGCUGAAGGAUGGCCAGCCGCUCCGCAUCCAGCAAAAGUUCCAGGUCCGCUGAACCAGCGGCAUCCUCUGUCCGAGUCUGUGUUUGGUUGGGUUGCUCAUCACACCGGCAAGCACUCGGGCCAGAG